AUGGCUGUGGGUCUCCUUCUUUUGGGCUUCAUCUUGCUAGGCACACUGAAGACCCAAGCUCAGGACUUCUGGCCGACAUGGCUUCCAAGCCUGCAUCUUAGAAAGGUUCCUGUGCAGCCAGACUUCCAAGCUGACCAGUUCCAGGGGAAGUGGUACACCAUAGCUACCACAGACAGCAGGAUUCAGAAUGGAAGUGAAAAGCAGAUCAAUAUGUCCAGCAUCAUCUACAAACUGGAACAUGACCACAGCUUCAUUUCCAGCUCUUUCCUGCUCAGGGACCAGGUCUGUGAACAGUUUAUCAGAACUUUUGUCCCAAGCAUCCGGCAUGGCCAGUUCAAGCUGGCCAAUAUGAAACGUUACCAUGGAGUACAGAGCUACACAAUGACAGUGGCAGCUACCAACUACAAUGAGUUUGCUGUGGUGUACAUCAAUCAGAUGGUCAGAAGCAGGGUGGACUUCAGGAUGGAUCUCUAUGGGAGAUCCAAGGAGCUGAGCCCAACAGUGAAUGAGGACUUUGUCAUUCUUGCCAAGUACCUCGGCCUGAUGGAUGAUAACAUUGUCUUCACCACACCCCUGGGUAAUGAUGAGCUCAGCAGAAGAAGAGAGGCUGUGGGGCUUCUUUAA